AUGACGUCCUCGCCUAAACUGCGCGUCAUAACCCAGGCAAACCUGAAGAAUUAUUUUCCCAACAAGCCACUCUCCCAGGUCGCUCGACGAGUCCCAGUGCUCAAAACUCUAUCGCCAAAAUACACUCGACAGCUAGACGCUCAGAGGAAAACCACGUACGUCCUCUCGGAGCAGCAAGUCCUCCGCGAAUGCCAAACCAAAGGGCCAUACCACUCCAGAAUGGUCCGCGAAGAAGCACCCUUGGCACGCGAAAUGGCGACGACUGGAAUGCCAUAUGUGGAUAUAGUGACCGGUAAGGUCGACGAGGGUGUAUCUUGCUCGGGCUGCCACGUUGGGUACGAGGCAGCACUUGAAAAGGGCGAUCAUGAGCAAGUUGAGAAACACAUGCCCAUCCUCGGAAAGAUUUACUCUCAGAGAGGUUUCCUCGAUCAUUUCAAAGUGUGCCCUGAGGCCCAAAGAUUGUGGAAGUCGAGCGAAGGGGGCACCCGUUCAGUUCGUCUGCCGAUGUACGUUCUAUUGACGGAAAGGACCAUGAUACGUUAUGACCUGCGAUGA